AUGUCUGACAAAAUGAUUGACUUGGAAGAGACCGCAACCCAGACAGGUCCAAAAGGAGUCAUCAAUGACUGGAGGAGGUUUAAGUUGGAAAGUAUGGACCAGGAAAACUUGCCAGCUGCAAAAAAGGAACUGCUGAGACAAAUGUCAUCCCCAAGCGGACCAAAAGAUGAUGCCAAAGCAAGCAUUAACCGCAAGAUGAGUGUCCAAGAAUAUGAGCUGCUCAAGGAGGAGGAUGAGGGAUGUUUAAAGAAAUAUAGAAAACGAUGCAUGCAGGAGAUGCAUGAUAAACUCAGCUUUGGGCCCAAGUUUGAAGGUGUGCAUGACCUGGACAGUGGUGAGGCCUUCCUAGAAGUCAUCGAGAAGGAGCAUUACAGCACAGUGGUGGUUGUCCACAUCUACAAGAUUGGGGUCAAAGGUUGUGAGGAGAUCAACAACUGCCUGGAUUGCCUUGCCACUGAGUACCCCACUGUAAAGUUCUGCAGGAUUGAUGCUGUCGAAUCCGGUGCUGCCGAGCGGUUCUCUGAUGAGGUUUUGCCUACGCUGCUGGUGUACAAAGCUGGAGACCUACUAGGGAACUUCCUGGCCUGCACGCAGCACCUAACGGAGGAGUUCUUUGCCACUGAUGUGGAGGCCUUCCUCAACAGCUAUGGCCUGCUGCCAGAAAAAGAGUUGGCUGGUAUGGAAGAUGAAGAAGAAAACGAUGUAGAGUAA